AUAAUUUGAUUUUUAUAUAACUUAUUUAUAAAAAUGUAUUGUUUAUAUUUUUUUGAAAUGUGUAUUUGAUUUAAGCUUACUAUUGACAAUGAAGGUGAUGUUUUCUUGGUUAAUAUAUUCAUGUUUAAUUUUCGAAUCCGGCAUUUUGUGUGACAGAAGACUCGAAAGACGGCAAGCUGUAUCAUCUUGCUCAAUAUACACUGAGGAUAAGUUUUAUUGUUCAAAUGGACUAUGCAUUGAAUGGUCGUUAGUUUGUGAUGGUAUUAAGGAUUGUACAGAUGGUUUGGACGAGACUAAGGAGUUGUGUGCUCGAUACGAGUAUGGAACAAAUAUGACAAUGGAUUGCGGUAGAGUAAAUAUAAAAAACCAAGAAGGAGAUAUGAAUAAAACAGCGGUUGAAACGUUACCUUGGAAUGUUCAAGUAUAUAAAUUUAAUAAAAUUAAAUUUAUUUAUUUCCGUAUGUGUGAUGGUUCAAUUAUUGCUCCAAAUGUUGUAAUUUCUGGGGGUGGAUGUUUUGGAUUUCACGGUGAAGCGGCCAAUAAAAUAUCAGUAAGAAUUGGUGAAUUCAAAGUGGCCGUUGGAAAAUAUGAUAAAAAUAUUUCAAAAAUUGGCACUGAAUUUUCUCAAAUAAUGAAUGUGGAAACAAUUUACCUGAAGGAUAAUAAUAUUCAACUUGGUGAUCAUAUAGCUGUUAUCGUGUUAGAAAACAAAUUUUCGUUUAACAAUGAUAUUUCACCUAUUUGUAUCGAUUGGAAUAAUAUAUAUAAUAUACAGACUGGAGAUCUAGGAAAGAUUGUUAUUUGGGGAGAAAAUAAAGUAAAUGCCACUCAGAGUCCUUCUGUAUUAGAAAGAUCAUUUCCAUACAUCGACCCUGGUACUUGUCAACAUUUGUAUCGUAAAAAAGGAUUUUCAGAAUAUGAAACUUAUGAUCUGUUUUGUGUCAGUUGUGAUUGCGGUAAUACAAAUUUAGAUUUUGAGUGUAGCAUAGGUGCAAAUUUUGGGGGGGGGGGCUUAGCUAAGCUCCCAAACUCAGCCUUAGCCACCUCCCCAAAACCUUUUUUUUUUUUUUUUUGUGAUGGUAUCACGGCGCUACAGGGGGGCACUUCACCCGUUAGGGCCGUCCUUCCCCCUGUAUCCGUAUCAUUUAUUCCACACAAAAUCCGUUACAUGCUGUACAAUAUAAUACUUAAUGAGCUUUGCUCCACAAAAAAGAGAAGGCUCUAUCCUCCUUAAUUCCGCCUUCGGCGCACAAUUUAUCUUACUUAACUAACGGUUUCUCUUCUGUCUUAUUCUUUCAUCUUCUUCCCUUCUGGACUGAACUUUCCCGAUGAAUCUUUUCACAGCUUCCCAGUUCGUAUUCCUCUUGAGCAUGAUUUCAACGAUGUUGUUUGCGUCAAUCGGUUCUUCCAGCUCCACUUCUAGUGCACGGCGGUCUCUCUCCCAUCUGCCGCACCGGAACAUCACGUGCUCCGCGUCGUCUGUGGGUUCCCCGCAAUCAAUGCACCUUGGGUUGUCCAGUUUUUUGAACCUCCAAAGGUACUUCCCAAAGCACCCGUGGUCGGACAGCAUUUGGGUUGUAUGAAAAUCCACGGUUCCAUGCUUCCGGUUCACCCACGCUGACAGAUCCUUAAUCAGACUCCUCGUCCAUUGUCCGUUAGGCUCACGGUUCCAUUCUUGCUGCCAUAUUUUGUGGAUAACUUCUUCCCAGAUCACGUCCUUCACGCGUUCCUGGUCCUCUUCGCUCUUCCGCCUGUGCCUCUCGGAGCGCUCUUUUUGUAAUUUUUUUUUCUGUCUUUCUAGUUGUAUUUUUAUUUAUCCCUCUGUUAUUAGUUUCGUAAUUUCCAAUUAUUAUGAAAUGUUUUUUUUUCUUGUUAAAGGGCUUAUGCCCGUUGAUUAUUAUUAAUUAAUAAAUAAUUUAGACUACCUAUUCGAACAUUGUACUUGUUAGUCUUCUUAAAAAAAAGGGUCUUCUUCCCUGGAGAAAAUUUUGAUAUAAAUGACAUUAUGCAAACAUUAAAUUUGUAUUAAAAAU